GUGAAGCUGCAACCGCGCGACCCAGCACUGCCGUGGUCCUUCUGGAGUACGGGGAUGUCCCAUACACCGGUCAGGCGAUGAUUAUACUCCUUCAUGCUCUACCGGAUGGUGAAGGGCUGAGAUGGAGAGUAUUCUGGUGGCGAUGGCGGUGAUGGCGGUCGCCCAAGCCAACCCUGAAGCCAAGCGUCUCUACGACGACCUGCUGAGCAACUACAACAGGCUGAUACGACCCGUUGGCAACAACUCGGACAGGUUGACUGUCAAACUGGGCCUCAAACUCUCCCAGCUUAUUGAUGUGAACUUGAAGAAUCAGAUUAUGACUACGAACGUUUGGGUGGAACAGGAGUGGAACGACUACAAGCUAAAGUGGAACCCCGACGAGUACGGAGGUGUUGACACUCUUCACGUGCCUUCAGAACACAUCUGGCUACCGGACAUCGUCCUCUAUAACAAUGCGGAUGGCAACUACGAGGUGACGAUAAUGACAAAGGCUAUUCUCCAUCAUACGGGGAAGGUGGUGUGGAAACCUCCAGCCAUUUACAAGUCCUUCUGUGAGAUAGACGUAGAAUACUUCCCUUUCGACGAGCAAACAUGCUUCAUGAAGUUCGGCUCCUGGACGUACGACGGGUAUCACGUGGAUCUCCGGCACAUCAUGCAGUCUCCAGACUCGGACACGGUGGAUGUCGGCAUCGAUCUGCAGGACUUCUACCUCUCCGUGGAGUGGGACAUCAUGAGAGUGCCAGCUGUUCGUAACGAGAAGUUCUACAGCUGCUGUGAGGAGCCUUACCCUGACAUCAUUUUCAAUAUCACGCUACGUAGGAAAACACUCUUCUACACAGUCAAUCUCAUCAUACCCUGUGUCGGGAUAUCAUUCCUGUCUGUACUUGUGUUCUACCUGCCCUCUGACUCUGGCGAGAAGGUGUCACUGUGUAUCUCUAUCCUGCUAUCACUUACUGUGUUCUUCCUGCUGUUGGCGGAGAUCAUUCCCCCCACCUCGCUCACUGUUCCUCUCCUCGGCAAGUAUCUCCUGUUCACCAUGGUCCUCGUCACACUGUCGGUGGUGGUCACCAUCGCCGUACUCAAUGUUAACUUCAGGUCUCCAGUCACGCAUCGCAUGCGGCCCUGGGUACACAGACUGUUCAUACAGGUGCUACCAAAGGUCUUGCUGAUCGACAGGCCGAAGUCGGAGGACUCUGUAGACGAUGAAGAUGAUGAGGAUAAACCUCCGGACGCCAUCUUGACUGGAGUGUUUGACGUUCCCGCCGAGAUAGACAAGUACUUAGGCUACGGCGGGAAGAGGUUUAGUGGUGACUACGACAUUCCCGCCCUCCCUCCGUCUAGGUACGAUGGCGGGGGAGUGGUCCCUUGCUUUGGCGAGCCCCCCCUCCCCCUACCUCUGCCCAGUGCAGACGACGACCUCUUCAGCCCGGGCUGUGUGGCGAUCUGUCAAAGUGACACCAGUCCCACCUUCGACAAGCCAAUCACCAUGGAGAAAACCAUCAUGGAUGCCAAGUUUAUUGCUCAACAUGUCAAAAAUAAAGACAAAUUUGAAAACGUUAUAGAAGACUGGAAGUACGUCGCGAUGGUCCUAGAUCGUCUGUUCCUGUGGGUGUUCACUCUAGCUUGUGUAAUGGGGACUGCCCUCAUCAUCCUACAAGCACCGAGUCUAUACGACACCACGAAGCCCAUAGACAUCCUGUAUUCCAAGAUAGCCAAGAAGAAAAUGCUCAUGAUGAUGGGACCGGAGGAGGACUGAUUGGAGAGUGUUUUUCUAAUAAAGUUUAUUUUAAACACAAUAUCUGAGGCGUUUCGUAAGUGGUGAUUAUUUUUGCAUUGUGAGGGGGUGUAGUGGUAAAAGGUUAAGUAGUCAAAAGAAAUGGUGUUUUGGUUAAGUGGAUUUUAUUAAAUUAGAUAAUAUUGCUCAAUAUUCGCAUCAGCUGAAUUUUCUUCGGCGUUCCGAAUGAAAUAUUCAUAUUUUCCAAACAAACUACAAUACAUCCUCCUAUAUAUUAAUAGGCAAGCAUGUCUAUUGGAAACCUGUUUUCUCAGCUUGUGUGCAUCGCAGAGAAAAUCUACGCAUACUGUUAGGAAGAUAUUUUACAGUAAAUGUGGAGAAUCCCUUCAUAAAUUAAAAUAGGCUAAAAAAUAAACACAACAACUGAAUCUAAAGUUUUGAAAAACUAACAUAGGCCUUAUGGAUUGCCAUGCUCAUAAAGAAAUGUUGAUUUUACUCAGAAUACUCAAAAACUCACUCACAAACUCAUAUUGUAUUUACAUUUUUAAAAUAAACACAAACACUUUUUAAUAAUUAGAAACAUAUGACUUAAUAAUUUAUGGUAAAGUCUAACCAUUCAUGCUCAUGAUGAAAAUAAUAGCGAAAUAUAAAUAGAAUAUCAAAACAAAAUGGAAGAAAUUCCAAAUACAUGUUUUAUUUACAGCUUAAGGUGAAUCUAGAGAAGUCUGUACAUUACAUAUUUUUGGUUGAGUUUCCAACCACUGGACGACCUCUAGUAAGUAAUAAAUGUGUGCAGGGAUAUUAAAGUCAUUUAAAUUAAUUUAAAAUAAAUUUUCCCGUACCAUAUUUACCAUACAGUAUUGAGUAUUACUUUAUUAUUCAUACUAUGAUACUGGGUAAACAUAAGAAAAUGGGUUUUCAAUUAAUUACUGCUGCUUGAUUCUCUAACUUGCAAGGAUGAGAGCUUAUCACUCUCCCCCAUAAAAAAUGUAAAACAGUUUUCUUAACUACCUGAUAAAUUCAUAAAACUAUAAGAACACUUUUUAUGUGUUUAUAAGAUUAUUGUUUUAAAUCCCUAAUUCAACAAAUUAUAAACCAAAUACAAAAUUUUAAAUUUGCAGAUUUGUUAUAUAUUUUUAACAUAUGAGUAUGUUGUAAAUACGAGGGCCUCAGAUAAUGUGUUGUGUUAAUCAAAACUUUUAUUAUUUUGAUUAUCUUUAGAGAGAAGAAUAAUUGUAUUGUUCACUCAUUCGCAGAUAAGGAAAUUGAACCUCGACUUAGUACCUUAUUAUGGUACAACAUUUUGCAUAAUUAAAUAAAACUAUAAAAUUUACAAAAUGUUUUGACUUGUAAAAGUGUAGUAUACCUGGUUCCUAAUACGCUUUGACACUCAUAUAUUAACAGAUGUUACAAGUUAUUUAACAUGUGGUCAGUUUUCAAAAAAAGUCAUGUCUACAAAAUUUACAUCAAUGCAGAAUACGAAAGAUUGUUCAGUAAUUUCUAUCACAAUCAUAGAUUAAAUUGUGAAUUAUAUUAAUUAAAUUUGGUAAACAUUUUAAGUAUAAAACACAUUUUUACUCAAAAUAACUUAAAUUUUAAAGAAUAAAACAAAUGUGUUUUGUUGAACACAAUACAAUUUUGAAGGUGGCUUUAACCCCCUGAGUUGGGAAGAUGACUUGAGGGGUGAAAGUCAUUUUAUUACUACACUCAAUGAGUACAACUUUAUAACCCAUAAAAACUUUGUUAUGUCGUAAAAACAACUUUAUUUUAUCUCUUGUCAUACUUUUGUACAAUGUCAUGUGCAAGGUAUACAAAUCAACUUUGUGAUAAAAAACCAACUGGGGUGGUAUUUAAAAAAUGAUUAUAAUGUCAUUUAAUUGAUAACAGACAUUUUCCUAGUUAAAGAAUUUGUUUUUUGUUAAUCCUAAUGGAAGUUUCAUCAACAAAAAUGAACAUCAAACAAGAGUGUUUGUAAAUAUUUUACUAAGAUGUGAACUAAUAGAAAAAUAUUCUCUCUAGAGAUAUAACAAUAUAAAAUCAGAAAGUAGACGUAUUUUCGUUAUUUUUUGGAACAGAGUAGAUGGUAUAUGAAAGUAUUAAUAUAUUAUCUUUAGGUUAAAAAUGGGUUGUUACUUAGGUGCUAUUAUAAGAAAAAUAGGUUUAUGCUCAUUGAAACUUAGCAGAUUUAGGUACAAAAGGUUAACAAUUUUAUAAAUUUGUACAAAAAUUAAAUUCCAUUCUGUGGUAGGAAUCGUUAAUCAUUCUGGCAAAUCCCAACCAGCAGUCUUCCUAACUUGUCGCUAACUUUUGUAAAUAUGUGUAAAUAGUUAACUACACCCAAUAUAAAUUUGUGAACACUGUAAAGUAAUUUUCAAUAUAACAAAUUACACAGUCACAUCAGCAAGUUUCACAGAAAGUUUUAUCUUUUUAUUAGUAAAGUGUUUUCAAAGUUAAGCAAAGAGUAAGGAGUAACAGGCAAAAUACUGAUUUAGUAAGAAUCAUUUAAGGUAAACAAUAAUAUUUAUAAAAUUUAUUUUUUUAAUAUACCUAUCAGGAAUUUUUUUUUAAUAGAAAAAUUAUCAUCACGAUUAAGGAAUUAAAAGGUAUUCAUAAUUUGCUAAAUAUAACAUUGCAUUAUUACUUAAUAGUUAGUUCGUUCUGCUAAAUAUGCACAUAUUAUGUUCGUAUUCACAUGAUUACAAAUAAAAUGUACAGUGAAAGCAAAAUUCUCACUUUUAUACGUGCUUUGUACAUUUUUGAAGAUCAAUACAUUUUAACACCAAGAAAACUUAAUGUAAAUCUUGUUACAGCUUCAUAUGACAGUAUAAACUUUACAGUCACUAAUAGGUUGUCUAUAGGGUUCAUUUUGGAUAUAACUACUUCAUAUUGUUGAUCUGUAAAGCUUUUGAUGAUUUUGCAUGGAAUUUCCUAUCAAUAUAACGGCGAAAUAAAUCUACAAACAAGAAUAUACGUUCUAUAACAAAUCCAAAUAAUACUCUUGCAAACAUCACAAAAAUCAUUACAUACAAUCUGUUUUAUUUAUGAAGGAGUCAUAGUGUAAAUCCCCAUUAUAAAGAUAUUAUAAAUCAUAAACGGUUACAAAUUCUAAUUCCCUAAACAGGUAAAUUUGCUGAUGUUGCUGUCCUGCCUGUCAGAUGUUGUGAUAUGUUGUUGUUAUAACCUGUGGUGAGAGACAUCAAAGUACCCAGAUGUCACUGUUAAAACUUAACACCGGGAAGAUGUAUAUACAUUUAUCAUUGAAGAAUAAACCGUUUUACCAUUAAAAGUAAAGUUAAAAUUAUCGUAGUAGUUUGUAAUAAAACUUACGUUUAUAAUGUAAUUUCUAAAUAAAUUGUUUCUAUUUCUCAUUCCUUAACAUAGUUGUUGAAUUUUUCAAAUAAUUGUAUUUGUACAUUACAAAGGCAAAAUGUUUGAAAGGUAAAAUUUUCUAAUGUAUGUUAAAAUCUAUGUGGCUUCUUAUAAUAUGUUGUUCAUUUGGACUAAAAGUGUUAAGUGUACAAACUAUCGAUAUAGUUGUUUUACCAGGUUGUGUUGAUAUAAAAAAUGUUUCCUUUUAUAUAAAGGUUAAAUAUAAUUGUUCUAUAACUCCCAUGAUUAUUCAAAUGUGAAAGAUUUUACAGAGCUUAAAUGUUCUAUUAUAAUAUUUGGCCCUGAAUGUUAGGGGCUAAAAUAAAAUAUUAUACUAUUACUAUAAAAAUGUUAACUCUGUUUACUAAUUUUAGAAAGCUUGUUUAAUCUAGGUUAAUUUGUUUUAAUGCAAUUAUCUUAAGGACUAGUAAAAAUUAUCAAAAUAAUAACAUUUAGUAUGUGGACACUACUUUUUAUAAGCUUAGUUAGAAAGGAAGUUAUAUCGUCUUGUUCUUGUUAAAAGAUACUGUGUUGUAGUCAGUUACUAAAACAACUAAUAACUUCUUAACAUUUUAUUUUUAAAUAUUAAAAACAUUAGAGCUAAUUUCACUAAAUUUUAUGUUAAUAAACAGUUUUUAAUUCAAUUUUAACUAGAUCAAAAUAUAAAUUGUUACAUUAGAUUUUAAAUAGUUCAACGUAGUUUUUGUGCCUUGACUACUUUUUUAUAGUUUUUCUUUUAGAUGUACCAUAUAAAUUAGAACAUAGAUUACUAAUAUUAGAAUUGUCAACUGACAACUGGUGGAAGUGGUGUCCACAAAACCUAUAAAUUAUAAUCUGGUUUGCAUAACAUUCAGGUUCAUCUUGUUUUGUUCACAGUUGUUAAUUUCAUACACUGUUUGUAAAGUUCUCCAGUCCUUGAAAUUAUAGGCUAUUACCAUCGAUCUCUAUUAUUACUAUAGAGAUCGAUGGGUAGAACAAAAUAAUAUAAAUUAGUAAAAAUGAACUUAACCAUCUUAACAUCUGUAAAAAGACUGUUGGUAAAAUAUCAAAUAACUGUUUAAAAAAUAAUCCAAUUCUAAUUACGGUACGGUAGAAAUAAUGUAGUCAAUGAUAUUUAAAGAGUUACGAAUAUAUCGCACACUAAGAUUCAUCAAAGAUAAUAAAUUACUAAAGAGCAUGAAAUGGUUUCACUCACUAAAGGAAUAGGAUUAAAACAUAAAUUAGUACUUUUACAACUUUACAUUUAUUCUCAGUUUAAAUGGACGGACAUAAUCAGUUAAGAUGGUUUUGAUAUUCCGAAAGCACCGCAUUGACUUAAGUACUCUACUACAGAUUUUUAUGCAAAUAACAAAAGAUUACUUUGACAAUAGAGUGUUAUGAGGAUUAGUCAUUAUUUCAUUUUUUUACAAGAUCAAUAAUUCCAUAUUUGAUAAAGCUGUUAACUUUCUUCAUCCAACUUGUAAAAGGUUAGAAAAUCAUUCAGCGGACUGUGUUUCAUUGAAUUUUAUGCAAUCCAGAAUUCCCACAGAGAACCUAACCGAAUGUUUAGAAAAACUUAAACCACUCAGGUUAAUAGAAAAUUGUUUUGAAAGUGUUACCUCUUGUAGCAUAGAAUAUAGAUACGAAUAAGUGAAUUUUGAAACUAUCCCAGACAAUCAAUCAGUCAACUUCCGGAAGAGAUUGUUUUUUUUGUUUUGUCUCGACUGUAAGAUAAAUGAUUAAUAUCAUUGUU